AUGGCUUUCUUCUUCAAUCGCGGCCGGUCGCGGCAACCUGCUGAUAUCGUCCGGACAACGAAGGAAUUAUUACUUAGGAUCCAUGACUCCCAGAAUGUUCCCAAGGUUCGUUUGAAGGCAACAAGAAUGUGGAGAACAAUCCGAUUAAUGAAGACAUUAGGCUGA